CGUCGUCAGCCAGUCAGUCAGUCAGUCAGGCAGGCUUCGGGUGGGCUGGCAUAUCUCGAUCGGGUUGCUCUUGUAACUUCAAUUGAGUAGACUCCCGGGCUCUCGUUGGCUGGACCACUGAGGGCUGGACGCACAAGAGCGUCACCACAUGUCAAACAGACGCAGUGGGUCCUGAAUCCACGCACGGUCUUCUAGCAGGAACAACUAUUGAAUUCAAACUGCGGAUUGUGGAGACUCCGCGGACAUCUACCUGGAUAACUGCGGUCUUAUUUUUUUGUUGGUGAUUUUCGGUGGACACCACGUGCGUAAUCAUAGGCUACAAAACCUGUGCGUAAUUCUUUUCAGCAAGCGAAACAGUGACCAGCGGGGGAAAAAGCAAACGCGUACCUUUUUUAUUUUUUUUAUUUUUCAUGGAAUACCUUUUUUCAAUUUAGCUCACCAUGGCGAACAUACGUUUACAUAUGUUGCAUUUCUUGUUUAUUUUGGAGGCUACAGUUGCGUCAGAAGAACUUGGGAGAACCUCCCGCAUGGUCAGCGGUACCCAAGAAGACGCCGAGCAUCUCUCCAUCUCUGCGUCCUACAGGGACAUGGUCUCCAUCAACAUGUUUAAACUCUAUGAUAACUAUAGCAAAGAACCGCAGAGGGAGAAGGAUGGAAACACCGUACGGAGUUUUAAGGCUGUCACAGGGUCCUCCAAGAACAAAGAGUGGUACCAGUUCAACCUGUCCUCCAUCGCCGAGUCCGAGCACAUCCUGUCCGCGACCCUCCACUUCCUCCACAAACGCCCGCGCCUCCCGCGACCUCUGCCCUGCCGUCGCUCCCGCCACCCGUCCUGUGACCACGCCCACCCUCCCCAGCACCCGCACCUCCUGCUCCACGGGACGUCCCGGAACGCCGCCUCGGCCACGCUGCUGGCCAACAUCACCCUGCUCCUGCGCUCGCCCUGGAAGAGAGGGGCGUGGCACGUCCGGGACAUCACCGCCGUCCUGCGCCAGGCCAGGGCGUCCCACCAGCUGCUGAUCACGGCCGAGGUCGCAGACUCCAAGAGGGGCACCGGGAGGAGCCUCCGGGAAAGCCUUAUGCCGCCCGGCACGCCGUACAUGCUGGUGUACGCCGACGACCGCGCCAUCGACGAGCCCAACAGCGUGGCGGUGUCGCUGCAGCGCUACGGCAGCUUUCCCCUCGGGGAGGAAGGAGCUCGCCCGGCACCGGACGCGGCCUCAGCCUCAGCCUCUUCAGCGGCCUCCCCGCCGGCGGCACCCUCCUCGACCGCCUCCAGGACCCGGAGAGAGGUCCCCCCUCCCCUGUCCCUCCUGGAGCAGAUCCAGACCAACGACCUGCCGGAGGUCCACUUCAACACCCUGAAGAACCACGAGCUGUGGCAGAGCACCUACUUCCCGCCCAAGGCCAAGGCGGCGGGGGGGAAGCACGGGCGGAAGCACGGCCAGCAGGAGAGCAGCAGCAGCAGCAGCGUAGGGAGCAGCGAGGGCCGGGGCAAGGUUCCUGAGGUGCUGAGCUUCGACGACAGGACCAUGAAGAAGGCCAGGAGGAAGCAGUGGAGCGAGCCCAGGGUGUGCGCCCGCCGCUACCUCCGGGUGGACUUUGCGGACAUUGGCUGGAGCGAGUGGGUGGUGGCGCCGAAGGCCUUCGAUGCCUACUACUGCUCAGGGACCUGCGGCUUCCCCAUCCCUAAGGUGGUGCGCCCCUCCAACCACGCCACCAUCCAGAGCAUCGUGAGGGCGGUGGGUAUCGUCCCCGGGGUCCCAGAGCCCUGCUGCGUCCCCGACAAGAUGAGCCCGCUCCCCGUGCUCUUCCUGGACCCCAGCCGGAACCUGGUGCUCAAGGUGUACCCCGCCAUGUCCGUGGACACCUGCACCUGCAGGUAGACCUAUAGACCAACACCCUACACCCCAACCCCCCCAAGAUAACCACCAGCACCCAACCCCCAUCCACCCCACCCGACCCCCCCCAC